AACAGCACAAAUCACAUUGAUGUACUGAGCUUUGGCGACAGGGCGACAGGCAAAGAUGAACGAAGGUUGUGGGCAAGCAAGGGUGGCGCAGUGGGAUGGUGGUGUGGAGUAUGGGUGUGUGGAGGAGACAACGGUCGCAGCACCCACAACAACCCGAAGCGAUGGCCAAAGCAGCAGCGGUGGGAGCGGGGGUGAAGGGGAGCAGCAUGUGCAGGGUGAGGGGGAGAAGAGCACAACCCACACCAUGGUGCACUUUGGUGGCUUGAGCCGUCUGUACCAUUGCCGUUACUGCGUUGCUCUCCGCCACCCAGAUCAACUUGCACAUGAGAUUGAGGUGUACUAUGCAUCGAGCAACUUGAGGGAGUACAAGCUGGCCAAUGACGCCCGUGCGCGAAGGUGCCGCUCCAUCGACUCGUACGCCUGUCCCUUGUGCUCAUCUCCGUUACAAAUGACCAAGCAAGCGUCGCCCGAAGCCGAAGACGCAACCGCCGCUCUGCUGUACCUGUGUUGCUCCUACUGCCACUGGACAUCGCUUGGGUCCCACUUCAUCGGCACAGAAGCCGAAAUCGCAGAACGCGUCACAGAAGCAAUGCAAGCAAACACCCACGCUCGCUUCAAUGAGCUGCUUGGCCACUUCAAGGGCGUGGUGGCGGAGGACAUUCGCCUGGAGCAGCACCAGAAGCACUUCAUCGCCGCCAUGAACUACCGCAAGACGCGCGUCUACCACAUGCACCCCGUGAAGAAGCUGCCGAGCAAAGCGCAGCUCCUGCAGUCUGUCAGAGACCGCAUCGGAAAGAGGUACGACGUGACAAAGGGCGAGUGGGUGACGCCACCCAGGCUCAAGACGUGGGGUGACCUCUCCACAGCGCCAAACCAGCCCGCACAGCAGCCCGCACAGCACGAAUUCGAGAACACGGAUCUGUCGAGCGUGGCGUCGCUGCAGCAGCGCUUCGAGGCCCUCAACACACAGCCGCACUUCACCCGGGCGCUGCAUCCCGUGUUUGAGCGGUACACGGCAAAGACGUCGCUCCGCUGCCGCGUGUGCCAGCACAACGUCGUGCGCCCCGAACUUGGCCCAGACUCGUCAAAGUUCAAGAUUGCCCAGUUUGCAAGCAACCACGUCCCACGCGUCGUCAUUCUACAGAAGCCAGACCUGUCAUCCCCGUCGCCAGAGAUUGUGCUCGGGAUUGAGAACCCGCGCGAUUAUGUCGUCAACAUCUCCUUUUCGCUGCCGGAACCAGCUGCUGGCAAUGACGGUAUUGAUGGACAGGAGGCUGGUGUGGCGGCAGAGCAGCAGCAGCAACAACCAGUGGAGGUUGUUGUACCGGACAAGCCCGUGCCUGUGCCGCAGUAUGAGCCUCUGCGGAGCGUCGAGGACGAGGUGACCUUUGACGAUGACCCGCCAUGCGUCGUUCAUCGCGCCCUCAGCGGCACCGUGCAGAUCCGCCUUCCGCUUCGCGUCAACCGUGAUGCUGCUGGUGGUGAUGAUGCAGCCACAGAAACGCACCCAGAACAGCAACAACAGAAGGAGCCACAACAGCCACAACAGCAGCGACGCGUGCACACGCUGGUGAACAUGCAAUAUCAGCAUCACGUGGUCCAGUUGAAGGCGCGUGCGCACGGCAACGCGGAAUCGUCCGUCGUCUCCGUGGUCACCCCACUGCGCCUUUUGCUGUCGUAAACCGUUCUGAAGAGACAACGCUGGCAAUAAUUUUCCCGCAGAUCCCUGCCAUUUUUCUACCGCUGCUGUCCUCCCUCAGUGUUUUGUUUGCAAUUUGACCUUUUCACACACUUUGCCAGCAAGCAACGUCGUCAUGCCCGCCCACAUCCAUUUUGCCACCCACCCACCCAUCGUCGUUUGUUUGAUGUGCUGCUGCUCUCGUAUCAAAUCACCAUCUUGUGAAGAUAAAAGAGAUGCAAUCGUG